AUGUCAUCUGAUCAUUCAGCCCAAGGGGAAUCUACUCCUAAUAGCUCAGCCAUUGUUACACAUAGUGCAGAUCUUAUUACACAUCAGAGAAGUCACACAGGUAGGAAACAAUUUCCAUGCUCUGAGUGUGGGAAAUAUUUUACACAGAAAUCAGCUCUUGUGAUACAUGUGAGAUUUCACACAGGUGAGAAGCCAUUUUCAUGUCCUGAAUGUGGAAAAUGUUUUACACAGAAAUCAGGUCUUAGGAAUCACACAGGUGAGAAACCAUUUACAUGCUCUGAGUGUGGGAAAUAUUUUACACAUAAAUUGGCUCUUGUAACACAUGAGAGAAUUCACACAGGUGAGAAGCCAUAUUCCUGUUGUGAGUGUGGGAAAUGUUUUACACAGAAGGCAGAACUUGUUAGACAUCAGACAAGUCACACAGUUGAGAGGUCAUUUCCAUGUUCGGAGUGUGGGAAAUGUUUUACACGGAAAUCAGUUCUAGUUAUGCAUAAGAGAAGUCACACAGGUGAGAAGCCAUUUCCAUGUCCCGAGUGUGGUAAAUGUUUUUCACAGAAAGCAUAUCUUAUUUCACAUCAGAGAAGUCCUACAGGUGAUAAUCUAUUUCUGUGCUUUGAGUGUGGAAAAUGUUUUUUUUUUUUUUUACAGAAAUCACAUCUGCUUACUCAUCAGAGAACUCACACAGGUGAGAAGCCAUUUCCAUGCUCUGAGUGUGGGGAAUGUUUUACACGGAAAUUAACUCUUGUUACACAUCAGAGAAGUCACACAGAUGAAAAACCAUUUUCAUGUUCUGAGUGUGGGAAAGGUUUUAAUCAGAAACCAACUCUUGUUAGACAUCACAGACUUCAUACAGAUGAGAAACCUUUUCCAUGUUCAAAGUGCAGAAAAUGUUUUACACAGAAGUCAGAACUUGUUAGACAUCAGACAAGUCACACAGGUGAGAGGCCAUUUCCAUGUUCGGAGUGUGGAAAAUGUCUUAAACGGAAAUCAGUUCUUGUUAAUCAGCAGAGAAGUCACACAGACAAAUCACAUCUUGUUAUACAUCAGAUUAGUCAUGCAGAUGAGAAACCAUUUCCAUGUUCUGAGUGUGGGAAAGGUUUUAAACAGAAAUCAACUCUUGUUAUACAUCAGAGACUUCACACAGAUGAGAAACCAAUUUCAUGCUUUGAAUGUGGAAAAUGUUUCAGAGAUAAAUCAGCUCUUGUUGCACAUCAGAAAAUUCACGUAAGAUAA